AUGAAUGAAGUUAUUGUUGCUGCUUCAGAAGAUUUGGACAACACUUUUUAUACAGAAUAUUUAGAUUCUAAAAGUGACAAAGAAUUUAACUCUUUAUUAGAUAAUGAACUAUUAUCUGAUAUUGAUAAUAACAUCCCUUUAAGUAAAUUAAAAGAACAAAAUCUAUAA